CACAGUACGCUGGGGCGGCGAUGUAUUUAUACGUAGUUUCUCGCAGUACGGUUUGAGACACGGUUCGUUAACGUCUUCGACCGUGGACGGUCCGGUUCCUUCUUUUGCCACUCUCAUUCUUAUUCUUAUUCAAAAUUUUUGUCAUUUUUUUUUUUUUCGAAUUUCUCAUUUUUUUCCAUCUCCGUCGCCAAAUUCAUCCCCUCGAAUAUUAAUCAUCGAACCGUCGUUCCACGAGGUACGCGAAAAUAAAUACGAAACCACCACCUCCGAUUGAGAACCGGACGAAAAGCGACCGAGGGACGGUAGAAAACGAGCGGAGCGAAUCUGGACCGUACUCGUGAAUUUGCGAAGGGAGGUGAAAAUUAAUCGAAGAGGAUUCGGCGAAGAUGUAUUCGGUGGGAAGAGCGUCGUCGGCGCUGUCGAGGCAUCGCGUUAUACUUCAGAGCUGGAACGUGGCUAACAAUAAAAAGAAUUUUGCCACAGACGUCGAAUACAAACCAAUCAGAAGCGUUCUCGUUGCUAACAGAGGUGAAAUCGCCAUAAGAGUUUUCCGAGCAUGCAACGAACUCGGCAUACGUUCGGUGGCGAUAUACUCCGAGCAGGACAAGAUGCACAUGCACCGGCAGAAGGCCGACGAGGGCUACAUGGUGGGACGGGGUCUGCCGCCGGUGCAGGCGUACCUAAACAUCCCCGAGAUAAUACGUGUCGCAAAGGAGAACGACGUAGACGCCAUCCACCCGGGGUACGGAUUCCUCUCCGAAAGAUCGGAUUUCGCUCAGGCCGUUACCGACGCGGGUAUAAGGUUCAUAGGGCCCAGUCCGAAGGUCGUCCAACAAAUGGGCGACAAGGUCGCCGCGAGAAAAGCGGCAAUCGAAGCCGGAGUCCCGAUAGUCCCGGGGACCGACGGUCCCGUGACGACGGCCGACGAGGCUCAAGAGUUUUGCAACAAGCACGGGCUACCCGUGAUAUUCAAAGCUGCCUACGGAGGAGGCGGCAGAGGGAUGAGGGUGGUCAAGCAGAUGGAGGAGGUGCGCGAGAUGUUCCAGCGCGCCUCUUCCGAGGCGGAGGCGGCAUUCGGCAACGGGGCGAUGUUCAUAGAAAAGUUCAUCGAAAGACCGAGGCACAUAGAAGUCCAGCUGCUCGGUGAUCACGCCGGUAACGUGGUGCACCUCUACGAAAGGGACUGCUCGGUGCAGAGGCGGCAUCAGAAGGUGGUCGAAAUCGCGCCGGCGCCUUCGUUGGACCCGAAGGUCCGCGACAAGAUGACGGAGCACGCGGUGAGGCUGGCUAAGCACGUCGGCUACGCGAACGCGGGUACGGUGGAGUUCCUCGCCGACGAGUCCGGCAAUUUCUACUUCAUCGAGGUGAACGCCCGGCUGCAGGUGGAGCACACCGUCACCGAGGAGAUCACGGGGAUCGACCUCGUCCAGUCGCAGAUCCACAUUGCGGAGGGCAUGACCCUGCCCGAACUUGGCAUGACGCAGGAGAAGAUCAGGCCCCAAGGUUACGCGAUCCAGUGUCGGGUGACCACCGAAGAUCCCGCCAAAGGUUUCCAACCGGACACCGGAAGGAUCGAGGUCUUCCGUUCCGGAGAGGGGAUGGGCAUCCGUCUGGACGGCGCUUCGGCGUUCGCCGGGGCGAUAAUAUCACCCUACUACGAUUCUCUUCUGGUCAAGGUAAUAGCCCAUUCCGGAGACUUGCAAUCCUCCUGCGCGAAGAUGAACCGAGCUCUGAGGGAGUUCAGAGUGCGAGGUGUCAAAACGAACAUUCCAUUUUUGCUCAACGUAUUGGAGAAUCAGAAGUUCUUGAACGGAAACGUGGACACUUAUUUCAUCGACGAGAAUCCGCAGCUAUUCCAGUUCCAACCGAGUCAGAACCGAGCGCAAAAGUUAUUGAACUAUUUGGGUACGGUUUUGGUGAACGGGCCCAGCACUCCGUUGGCAACGUCUCUGAAACCAGCUGAGAUAAAACCGCACGUACCCGAAAUAGCGAGAGACUUUGCUAAGCUUGCCGCAGCCGAAGAGAGCGGAGAUCCAGACGCACCAGGAAUACUGGAGCCCCCCCAGGGACUGCGGAAGGUCCUGAAGGAGCAGGGACCCGAGGCGUUCGCCAAGGCGGUGCGCGCCGACAAACGUCUGUUGCUGAUGGACACGACGUUCCGUGACGCGCACCAGUCCCUCCUGGCAACGAGGAUCAGGUCCCACGAUCUGCUGCUGAUAUCGCCGUACGUGGCUAACAAGUUCAGCGGUCUCUACGCCCUGGAGAAUUGGGGGGGCGCGACCUUCGACGUCGCCCUUAGGUUCCUACACGAGUGCCCUUGGGAACGGCUGGAGGACAUGCGCAAGGCCAUACCGAACAUACCCUUCCAGAUGUUGCUCAGAGGAGCCAACGCGGUCGGUUACACCAACUACCCGGACAACGUGGUCUUCAAGUUUUGCGAACUCGCCGUGCAGUCGGGAAUGGACAUAUUCAGGGUGUUCGACUCCCUCAACUACCUGCCCAACCUGAUCCUGGGCAUGGAGGCCGCCGGCAAGGCCGGGGGGGUCGUAGAGGCGGCGAUAUCCUACACGGGUGACGUCAGCGACCCAACACGCACCAAGUACGACCUGAAGUACUACACGAAAUUGGCCGACGAACUCGUCAAGGCCGGUACUCACGUACUCUCCAUCAAGGACAUGGCCGGUCUCCUGAAGCCGAAGGCGGCCAGCAUCCUCAUAGACGCCAUCAGGCAGAGGCAACCCGACGUUCCCAUCCACAUCCACACCCACGAUACGGCCGGCGCCGGCGUAGCCGCGAUGUUGGCCUGCGCCGAGGCUGGCGCCGACGUAGUCGACGUGGCCGUCGACAGCAUGUCCGGCAUGACCAGUCAACCUUCGAUGGGGGCAGUGGUAGCUUCGUUGCAAGGAACGCCUUUGGACACCGGUUUCCAACUGACUGACAUAUCGGAGUACUCCGCUUACUGGGAACAGACGAGAACAUUGUACGCGCCUUUCGAGUGCACCACGACGAUGAAGUCCGGCAACGCCGAUGUUUACUUGAACGAGAUACCCGGCGGACAGUACACCAAUCUACAGUUCCAAGCGUACUCUCUGGGACUCGGCGAGUUCUUCGAGGACGUUAAGAAGGCCUACCGCGAGGCGAACCUCCUCCUCGGCGACAUUAUAAAGGUGACGCCUAGCUCGAAGGUCGUCGGCGACUUCGCCCAGUUCAUGGUACAGAACAAACUCAGCGCCGCCGACGUACUGGAGAAGGCCGAGGAGUUGUCAUUCCCGAAAUCGGUGGUCGAGUUCCUCCAGGGCGCGAUCGGGGAGCCCUACGGAGGAUUCCCGGAGCCUCUGAGAUCCAAGGUGCUGAAGAACAUGCCGCGCAUCGAGGGCAGACCCGGCGAGAGUUUGGCCCCCCUGGAUUUCGGGGCGUUGAAAAAUCAGCUCAAAGAGUCCCACCCCCACGUGUCGGACAAGGACGUAAUGUCGGCGGCAUUGUACCCCCAGGUUACCAACGACUUUCUGACAUUCAGGGAGGAAUUCGGACCGGUGGAUAAACUGGACACGAGGAUAUUCCUGACCGGGCCGAAGGUCGGCGAGGAGUUCGAGGUCACUAUAGAGAAGGGCAAGACCUUGGGUCUGAAGACCCUCGCGAUGGCCGAAGAUCUGACGCCGAACGGGGAGCGGGAGGUAUUCUUCGAAAUGAACGGACAACUGAGGUCCGUCUUCAUCAAGGACAAAGAAGCCGUCAAGGAGUUGCACAUCCACCCGAAAGCGGCUAAGGGUGACAAGAGUCAAGUCGGCGCCCCUAUGCCGGGGACCGUGAUCGACAUCAGGGUCAAGGUUGGGGAUGAGGUGGAGAAGGGCGCGGCCCUGGUAGUUUUAUCGGCGAUGAAAAUGGAGAUGGUGGUGCAAGCCCCGAAGGCCGGUAAAAUCAAAUCGCUCGCUAUAGAUCAAGGUAUGAAACUCGAAGGGGACGAUCUACUGCUCACCAUGGAAUAAUCGUCGAUGAAUGAAGAUCGAGUGUUCGAUGCUGAAACGAUGCAAAAUAAUACACGACGAUAGAACUAUGAUAUAAUACGAGAAAAGACUACGACACCCUAUGAGUUUAAAUGAUAAGUUGCGAAAAAUUAUUCAAUCGAUAUUUACCUACAUACGUCAUUGAAAAAUGGAUGGGUAUGAAAUUUGUUUUUUUUUUUCAUUAGGAUUACGCUGUUUAUUAGCUGUUCAUGUAACUCGCGACCGUUAAUUUGCCAUGGUCGAAAGUAUUUGAAGACCAAUAAUUCGAUUGACAUAGAGAAGAGAAAAAUUAAGCGGGGAACAAAAUAAAAUAUAUAUACAUAUAUUCGUCGAUAUUUGCGAAAGAGAAAGGGAAAAAAAAUCAAAAAAUUCUCGUACUUAAAUGCCAAACUAGUUAACGUAAUUAGCGGCCUUAUAAACAAACGCAUAAUAACGUGUGUGAGAUAUGAUUUGUCUUUUUCAAUGAUUAUUAUCAUUUUGUUUUUUUUUUUUUUGGAUCUUUCGAACCAUUUUUUUCAAUGGUUAAAAACCGAUUCAACAAAACUAAACAUCGCGCACAUUUAGACAAUAGUGUAGACGGUUAUUUAAGAAAAAAAAUAAAAAGAAAUUAAUUAAUAAAUAAUUCACGACGGUGCGUAAUAUAUUUAAAUAAUAUAAUAAAACGUAAUUUAUUGCGAAAGAUAUUCUAAUACUGUAUACGAUCAAUGGUGGUGCGAAAUAGUUGAAAAGUAUGAGAAGAAAACUUGAAAAAUAAAAUAAAAAUAAAAUAAAAUGAAACCAAAAAGCCAUAAAAAAUAAAUAAAUAAAACAUACACGAAUACGUAUAAAUGAGAUUUGAAAAACAACAUCACAUCUUACAAUUAUAUUAUAGAAUGUACGAUAUAAUAUAUUUUCCUGUAAAUAUUAAAAAAAAAAAAAAACGAAAAAUGAAAAAGAACGAAAAAUACGAGUAGAUUCGUAUGAUUAAUUAUUAUUAUUUUUUUUUUUUUUGUUCUUUUAUAACUCAUAGUGAAAAUAUUUCGUGAAGUUCCUAAAGAGAACAAUAACCGAUUCUUUUAAAAAUAAUAAUUAUUCUUCUUUUUAUAUGAAUUUUAUCAUUGUUUCCAUUUGGCAUGAAAUCUGUAUAUUUGUUAGACAGAUGUUGUAACGUUGAUGUUAAUUAUUUGUAAGUAUGGGGCUCGUUGAUUUGUAAAUAACUGUAUCAGGGUUGAUGUGUAAUAUAUACAUAUAUUAUAUACACGACAUAUAUAUAUUAUAAGAUCAUUAAAGUUGAAAAUAUUUUACAAUUAAUUAUCUGAUUGAUUCGAUAUUAUUGUAGUUUAAUUAUACGUUCAACGGUGCGAUAAGUUGUUUAUUCAUUAGUGUCGCAUUGAAUGCAUCCAUGAUUUAUAUUUAUUAGAAGUAGAAAAUAAAAAGGAAUAAAAAAAAGAAAUAAAGGAAUGAGAGAAACAGUUUCGAAUAAAGAAAAAUAUUUCCAUAAUAAA